GUUCGCUGCUGCUCGAAAGUAGGUUUAAAGUGGUUUUUCAUUGUGUAUUAAUUUUUCUAUGAUAUUCUAUCUACUAGGAUUAGUACUUAUGUCGUUAUAGUGAAACUAAAUUGAAUCCUAACAUCUCAGUAUUUGUAUUACAACAUCUUAUUAGCGCAGAUGGCAGAUCCAGAGGCAUAUUCGCCAACAAUACUAGACUAUUUAAACGAGGACUGUUGGCGUGCUGUGCUUGAGUAUGUGCCUAUAAGAGACAUCAUAUGCACGGAGCGCGCUAGUCGCCGCUGGCAAAGAGCGAUGCUGGCAUACUUGCGAGACGUACGAAUUGGUAUAGGAAGCUGGAUGUUCCGAUUCAGCAAGGAGUUUACCUUCCGUAGAAUAAUGCGGUGGGAAAUUCCUGAACAUUCAUUUAAGAAAUGGACCCACAAACUAGGCACAUCAGUGGUGGCCAUUUACUGCGUUUCGCAGGAGAUGUUACAAAUCAUCAGUGGAAACUGUCCACAUGUAGAAGUUCUUAUAAUUUACGAUCCAGAAGAAAAAAUGUUACUAAAAAAUCAAAUUAAAAACUUAGAUCGCCUGCGGAAGCUUUCCUUCCAAAAAUGUUAUUCUGUCUCGGACCAAUGUAUCAGUGAAUUUAUUGGCAGCAAAGCCUUAGAAGAAUUAACAAUUGGCUGCAAUGACGAAGUGACUGGUCAAUGUUUGAUUAAUAUAAAGUCGAGGAAGCUAAAAUCCCUUACAUUAUCCACUUGUCGAUCUUUACAGUACCAUCACUUGGAAAAAGCCUGCCACCGUUUCAAAGAGCUGACAAAACUCGAGCUUGACGAUCUUCCCAUUCAAUUAUACGAACACAUACCUUCGCUCUUAGACAAUUUGCCAAAAUUAGAAGUUUUGAGUAUAAUUGAGUUUGAGUUGGAUUUUAUUGAUCUUGACAAGAAUUAUUAUAAUUCUAUUUGUAAACUUAGCAGCUUAAAGUAUUUGUGUCUACAUGUGCCGAAUAUUACGAACGAAGACUUGGAUAAAGUGACACGGUGCUGCAAGGAACUACGAUCAUUGGAUAUUAAGGUUUAUUCCUUUAGUGACUUAGAUGCUCGAUGUUUGACGACAAUCUGCCUAAACGCCGGAGCGCGCCUGACUACACUACGCUUCACAAACUGUGACAACUUGACCGAUGACGAAUUACUACGCUGUAUUUACACAUGUCCUAAUCUCACGUUACUAGACAUCAGCGCAUGCUGCCUACUUACGCAGAACUUUUUGGGGCAAGCAGCGGCCGCGCGACGUGAGAUGCGUUCGCAUAAUCCCCUACGUCUUUUUGUGGACAAUACUUCGAUGAACCACCAUUAUGGGGUAUACUGCUGUUUUAAUUAUGGACUUCAAAGAGUUGAUAAUAGAUCGCUGCAUGUGUUCUCGCAAGAUUUGGUGUUGAUUCAUUUUUAAAUGAUUACCUAUAAUAUAUAUAUAGCCUGUACAAGAAUUAUUAAACUUCAGCAAAAAAAUACCUACA